GGAGCCCCCAGUGCUGAGGCCACUGCUGGGCAUGGAGGGCCCAGUGGAGGAGCCAGCCCCGGAGGGGAGAGGGCCCACGGCUGCACCCUCGGGAGGCAGCGGUGGUGGUGGCCGCAAGGUGCCAAGAGUGGCCAUGAGCGCAUCGGUCGUCUGGGAGCGAGCAGGGCCCGAAGAGGCCAAGGCUGUGGUCGGAGGUGAUGCCACUCCUCCCCCUGGUGGCUCCGGGCCGGCUGCUGGGAGCCCUCCAGUCCAGAUGGGCACGUACCCCACAGACCUGACCUUGCAGCUAUUGGCCGUGCGGAGGAAGACGGGGCUGCUGGACCCCAGCCUGCAGCAGACGGUGAGGAGCCGGCUCCGCCUGCUGGAAAAUGACAGCCGGGAGGUGGCCCGUGCACUGGGGGAGUUGUCAGCCAGGCUGCUAUCUAUCCACAGUGACCAGGCACGGAUUGUGGUGACCUUUAAGACUUUCGAGGAAAUCUGGAAGUUCUCCACCUACCACGCUCUUGGCUUCACUCAUCACUGCCUAGAAAACCUGCUCGUGGACCAGGCCUUCUGGCUGCUCUCACCUAGUGAGGACGAGGAGACAGCUGUCCGUGUCCACGUGGACCAGGAGGCCUUGAUACGGACGCACGAGAGCCUCCUCGCCCAGGAAGGUCCUUUCUUUGUCUUGUGUCCUGACCACCGUGUGCGGGUGAAGACCAGCCCCCAGGGUGCAGGGAGCGGCCCCCAGGCACUCAGGCGAGCCUCGAGGGUUCUCCAGGGAGAGGCAGCCCCAGCAGUGGACCCUUCUGCUCCUGGCUCCGGCACGUCCUCUGAGGACAUGGCAGCGGCAGCCGCUCCAGAAACUUUGAUUCCAUUUCAUCAGUGGGCUCUUAGGGUCCCCUGGGACCCCAUCGACGACUCUGUGAGUGGACCUGUGACAUCAGAUAUCCCACUGAUGGCCACAGGCCUGGCCACGGCGGUGGCAGACUACCAGGGCUCCGGGCCUGAAGAAGUGACCUUCUGCGGCGGCGACGUCAUUGAGGUCCUGGGCGCCCAGGUGCCCGGCCUGCCCUGGUGCCUGGGCCGGCACGGGGCCUCGGGCCAGGUCGGGUUUGUGCAGACGAGUCUCAUCAGUGUGCAGGGCCAAGUAUCUGAUCUGGAAAAUGGGAUUUUCCUGAAUGAGGAAGAAAGGUCAUUCUUCAGCCACGAAGGGCGCUUUUCUGAGGAAGACGCCAAGCAGCUACUGAGGAGGGUUUCGGGUGUGGACGUCUGCACCAUGUACAGCUUGGACAGAUUAGAAGAAGCCGAGUUUGAACAGCUGGGAGAUCAAGAAAUGCCUCUGCCUGGCCUGCACCCAGAUCCAUGUGAGACCCUCCAGAAGGUGAAGAAUGUUCUAGAACAAUGCAAGUCCAGCCAGGGCUGCCCCGAGGAGCCAGUGUCCUGGGGUCUGUGCAUGGCGUCCAGUGGUAUAGGCUCCCCGCACAGUGAGGAGCCCUCCUUCUGCUUGGACUCGGGGGCUGACUGGGCCCACCCAGAGGUGCUGGGCUCACUGCUGCUAUUCCUGGACACGCCUGGGUAUGAGGCCUGCUUCCGUGGCCUAUAUGACCUUUCCCUGCCGGGGCUGAGCACCCUGUUCCCAGGCUUCACCGACGAGGAGGAGCUGGCCGAGCACCUGGCACAGGCCCGGGGGGCGGCCAAGAAGGCCGGCUUCCCCAUGGCUCUGGCCAGGCUCUGCUUCCUCCUGGGGAGGCUGUGCGUGCGCAGGCUCAAGCUGUCCCAGGCCCGCGUGUACUUCGAGGAGGCCCUGGGGGCGCUGGGUGGCCACUUUGGCGACCUCUUCCUCGUGGUGGCCGUGUAUGCCAACCUAGCCACUGUCCACCUGAAACAGAAGAACAGGGACAGGUGUGCGCAGGUGGUCCCCAAGGCCUUGGCCCUGCUCCUGGGCACGCCCAGCCACCUGUGCAGCACCGAGGCAGAGUCGCAGCUCCUCAGGCUCGCCCUGCGGCGGGCCAUCCUCUGCCACAGCCCCAAGGCCGAGGCCCGGGCCUGCUUCCUGCUGGCCAAGCACCACGCCCGCCUCAAGCAGCUGGAGGAGGCCCUGCCCUUCCUGGAGAGGCUGCUACUGCUGCACGGGGCUGUGGGCGCCCCAGAGGCCGCGUGGCCCGUGGACGGCUACCUGAUCCUGGCAGACAUCUACGGCCGCCAGUGCCUGCCGCACCUGGCACUCGGCUGCGUCCGGGGGGCCUCGCUGCGGGCCCGGGGCUCACCGGGCAGCGCACUCCGGAGUGUGGACCUGGUCCUCCGAAACUCACCCAGGCUGCGCCGGCCGCCCGCCCAGACGGCACUCUACCUCAGGCAGGCGCUGGCCUCCGUGGCCCCCAGCCCGAGCGGGGCGCUGCGUGGCCUGCUCUGUGCCAGUCUGGCCCAGCUGCACAGCUGCCACGGGCAGCAGGCCACAGCCAUCUCCUUCAUGAUGCAGGCCGUGGACGUGGCCAUGGGGUCCGGCAGCCACCUGGCCGUGGACUACAUAGUGGCGCUGGCCUGGCUGUAUGUGCUUUGUGGCCAGAGCAUGGUGGCCCUGGACAUCCUUGAGUCCAUCCUGGACAUGGCCGUGGCCAACGUGGACCAGGAGGGCGUGAUCGCUAACAUGGUGGCUGUGGCCCUGCGGAGGACAGGCAGCACCCGGCAGGCGGCUGAGGGCUACUACCGUGCCCUGCAGGUGGCCCGGGCCCGGGGCCAGCUGCAGAACCAGGCGGUGGUCCUAGCCAACUUCGGGGCCCUGUGCCUGCAGGCUGGCGCAGAGGUCCUGGCCCAGCACUACCACCGGGAAUCUGUGACGCUGUUUGCGCGGCUGCCCAGCAGAGAGUGCGGCCCGGACCUCACCUGGGUGCUUCUGCAGCUGGGCCACCUGUACACCCGCCGGGCCCUCGCCCGGCAGGCCAAGUGCUGCUACGAGUGGGCCUUCCUGGUCGCUGUGGAGACGGACCACGUAGAGGGCCAGCUGCGAGCCGUCCAGCGGCUGUGUCAUUUCUAUAGGACCGUCAUGCCCAGAGAGGCCCAGUGCGUCGUCUACCAUGAGUUCCAGCUCUCGCUGGCCCGCAGGAUGGCCGACAAGGUGCUGGAGGGCCAGCUCCUGGAGACCAUCAGCCAGCUCUACCUGUCGCUGGGCACUGAGCGGGCCUACAAGUCCGCGCUGGACUACACCAAGCGCAGUCUGGGGAUCUUCAUUGACCUGCAGAGGAAGGAGAAGGAGGCGCAUGCCUGGCUGCAGGCAGGGAAGAUCUACUACAUCCUCCAGCAGAAUGAGCUGGUGGACCUCUACAUCCAGGUGGCACAGAAUGCGGCCCUGUACACGGGGGACCCCAACCUGGGGCUGGAGUUGUUUGAGGCAGCCGGGGACAUCUUCUUCAAUGGGACCUGGGAGCGGGAGAAAGCCGUGUCCUUCUACCGGGAUCGGGCGCUGCCGCUGGCCGGGACCACGGGGAACCAGGAGGCGGAACUGCGGCUCUGCAACAAGCUGGUGGCCCUGCUGGCUGAGCUGGAGUUGCCCCACGAGGGCCUGGAGUUUGCCCACAUGGCCCUGGCGCUCAGCAUCACCCGGGGGGACCGGCUGAAUGAGCGUGUGGCCUACCACCGGCUGGCCGUCCUGCACCAGCGGCUGGGCCACGGCGAGCUGGCGGAGCACUUCUACCUCAAGGCGCUGUCGCUGUGUGGCUCACCCCUGCAGUUCGAUGAGGAAACCCUGUACUACGUGAAGGUGUAUCUGGUUCUUGGUGACAUCCUCUUCUACGACCUGAAGGACCCCUUCGACGCAGCCGGGUACUACCAGCUGGCGCUGGCAGCGGCUGUGGACCUGGGCAACAAGAAGGCCCAGAUGAAGAUCUACACGCGCCUGGCCGUCAUCUACCACAACUUUCUGCUGGACCGAGAGAAGUCCCUCUUCUUCUACCAGAAGGCCAGGACCUUUGCUACUGAGCUCAAUGUCCGCAGAGUCAACCUGGCCCCAGCACGGUGUUGGGGGCGGGCACCCUGGCUGGUCGCCGGCCCCCCACCCUGAGGUCCCUGUCUCCAUGAGAGUGGGCUGCCUGCUUCUCCUAGUAUCUCUGUGAGGCUCCUUUUCUGGGAAAUGUAGGCACAGAGCAGGGGGUCAUAGUACUCUGUGUCCAUUACUUUACGGGAGCGUGCUCGUGCCUGCAAGGCCCCCUCCCCUGCUCCGCCUCCAGGGCAGUGUCCAGGGACCAGGCCCCGUCCCCGGGGACCCACCCUGCUGCUAUACCG